GUCAGAAUAGGAGGAAACGAGACUCUGUACCUUUGCACGCAUUUAACAAAAGCUUUGCCGCGAUGUUUCGACACAGCCCAUUGUUUAACCCAGACGUGGGAAAGGAUCGUGUGACAGACCCUAUACCCGGUCGGAUUUCUGGAAUUUGAUUAUGUGUGUUUUUUUCAAAAAUUCGCUUUACCUUCUCUUGUGAUCUGCCAGCCUUCUUUGAGCAACUUUGGUAUUUGUGUAUGUAAACACCACGAAAGGAUCAACUUUUACUUGGAUGUUUUGUGCUGUGAAUUAUUAAAACAUAUUUGGAUUUCUUCCAUUAGAGUGUAAAGGUGACAAUGGGAUAUCGCUUUUAAUUGGAUUUUGGUGCUUUUGUGAUAUUAAAAUUGUUAUUGUGUGCAAUCAUGCUAUUGGAAGAAAGUGGCGCUUGUCUGACACCUUCUCUGCCUGAAGAGAAGUUGGCUGUUGUACCUGCAGGACCCGUGAGAAGUUAUUUCUACACCAGCCUCUUCUCUUCUCGUAAGAAAACCAAUGGUGCCAUGAAAACGAGCUCCGUGGGCUCCAAUUCCCGGUCGCCCACGCCCUCCCCCAUGGAGGGCAAGCACAGUCGAUUCGCUAUGUUGGGGCGGCUCUUCAAGCCCUGGAAGUGGAAGCGGAAGAAAAAGAGCGACCGCUUCGAGCAGACAUCCAGAACUCUGGAAAGAAAAAUAUCGAUGCGUUCAACCAAAGAAGAGCUUAUUAAAAAAGGUGUGCUUUUGCCCGAUGGAAUUGAUAAAGACCAAGAUGGCAAAAUAAAUGAUUCCGUUCAUCAGAACCACAUUCCGCAACUCAACGGGUUCGGGCCCGAGAGUGGUAUGUCAGAAGCUGAUAAGCAGCAGCCUAGUUCUCCGUCGGUGACGUAUACGUCCUCUUCUGCACUAGAGACCUACAACACCGUGGUUGUUACGAAUUCCGGUGUACCUACCUUACUGUCGUCGUCUCAGAAUAAUGUGCCUGUGAUACACAAUGUUUCCCUGUUGAACCUUCCGGAUGUUGAAGAGGUGCCUUCACACGAUGGGGAAAUAAUUCUUUCUGUUCUUCCAGAACCCCCAAUAUCUCUAAAUGAUAUUGGGCCCAUCCCACCUCCACCCAUGUUUUCGAAUCCUUCACCUCUUUUAGUACCUAAAUAUAACUUGCAAACAGAUCCAUCUGAAGAUCUGAAUGAUCCUGAAGAGUCUCCCUGUGCUGACAUGGACAUGGGCAGUCCCUGUGUUGUAUAUGUCACCCAACAGGAUGGGCCCUUCAACACCUCCACUGUGGAGGAGAUACCUGCCAAAGAACCUCAUCCUAUGACAGCAAUGCCCAAAAAGAGUGCCCUCAAAAAGAAGGGUGCUUUCACCUGCACAGACUUCCAAAGGCUUUCUCUUGUCAGAGAUAGGACAAAGAGAGCUGAAUCAUCAGGUGAUAAAGAAGACCGUCCAGUGCCUAUGAUAUCUGUCAGUGCAACAGACAAUUCAGAUUCGGAUUCAGAUUCAGGCAGUCCUAUAUUAUGGAAAGAUUACUGUGGAGAUGAUGAAGAAUGUAAAAGAAUAGCUAAAGUAGCCCGUAAAGAUUCUCUGGCUCUUAAACUUGCUCAGCGUCCAGAUCUCCAAGAACUAAUAGAUAAAAAUAUAUACAUUGCUCAUUCUGAACAAGAAAGUCAAGAAACAAAAGAUGAAGUCAAGAAAAAACUCACAAGGCGCCUGAGUCUACGUCCAACACCAGAGGAGCUUGAACAGAGAAACAUUUUGAAAUAUCAGUCAGCAGAGGAAAUGCGUAAAGAAAAGGAACAAAAAAAGAAGACUUUGAUUCGAAAGUUGAGUUUCCGGCCAACAAUUGAAGAGUUAAAGGAAAGGAAAAUUAUCCGCUUUAAUGAUUAUGUUGAAGUAACUCAAGCUCAAGAUUACGAUAGGAGAGCUGACAAACCAUGGACUCGGCUCACACCCAGAGAUAAAGCUGCAAUUAGGAAAGAAUUAAAUGAAUUUAAAAGUAUGGAAAUGGAAGUUCACGAAGAAAGCAGGCAAUAUACACGAUAUUACAAGAUUCCUGAUUUUUGAUCACAUUCCUGAAAUCUUUUGGGUCCUCUUCGUCUUCAUUUCACCGGCCCUAACAGCAACAGCUGCUUUUUAGAUGACUCCUCUAUGUAUUUAUAUGUCUUAAAAUCCAAGUGUUUUGUUGCUGUAUGCUCUUUCAUUGCUGGCUGGGCCUGCAAAGCACUAGAAAAAUUUAAAGAUUGAUGUUAGUGCAUUUGAAAUUGAAAACUGUUCAGUGUUCAAAAGCAUAAAUAUUAUUUGUCCCUUAAAGUAUACAAUAUACCCCUCUCCAAGCUGUAGCUUGAGGGGGGAAAAAACCUUUUUGACCAUUUGUCCCAAUUUGGGAUAAAUUUUAUAAACUCGGACAACUGUUUAUAACAGACUGUGUGAAAUAUUUUUUAAAUAUUUUUAUGAAAAAUAAAAUUUGUAGGGAAUAUUUUUUAAAUGUGUGCUAGUUUCUCCAUCAAAGAUGUAAAGUUCAAAAUAGGAAAAAUCGUUUUAAACUUUGUAUUGCGUUGUUGAUAAUGUUUAUUUUGAAUAUUGUAUAGUGUCUGUGUUGCAGAAUGCAAGAUCUGGGAUCUUACAUUUUGUGUAAAUGAAUGUUUUCUGUAAAUACCAGCAUUCCUGAGUCAUCAUCAAAGAGAAACAAUGUGAAAUUGGAUGCUUUAUAUUCAUCUAUAUAUUUUAAAGCACCAACUUAUGUAGAUCAUAUUGUAGAUAUUCAUAAAUGAAUGUUUAAAUGUUUUCAAAUAGUGAUUUUUAUUGCACUGUGCCUGUUAGUUCUUCUGUCAGAUGUUACAAAGUAAAAAAAAAGCUCUAAUAUUUUUUAAACUAUUUAAAAAUACUUUAUUCAAUUUUUCUAAUAUCAAUUUCUUUAUGUAUAAUUAAUACAAUCUUUCAAGAUGUGCACUAUUUAAAUAUUUACUAAGCAAACAAAAAUUUUUUUAAUGGAUCAUGUUUUUCUAAAAUUUAUGUAUGAUAUUCAGUAUUAAAUUGGCUGUGGCGAUUCUUUAAAGACUGUGAUAAUUUUUCAAUAUUUUUAUCUACAGCUAAAGUACCUUCAUCAUAUAUAUUAAUUGUGUACAUAUCACACUAUAUAUUUCAUGUGUUUUAGUUCCUGUUGACCUUGUUGUGCAGUGAACAUUACAAAAUAAAGCCUAUAAAUUUGGUAUUGCUUCUUUGUAUGUAAGCUACUUUACACUAUCCGUGAAAAAAUAUGUAUAAUUUUUGCUGUCACAAAGUGAUUAGAAACGAUUGUUUUUGUGAACUGCAUCAGAUGUUAAUAAAAAAAAAUAUAUAUUCUCCUUACAAUAAAAUUAUUUGCUUCUUUAACCACUGCUAAUUAUUUUAUUUAGGCUAAUAAUAUUGGCUCAUUUUAGAAUAUACAUUAAUUUUGUUUUCUCAGUUCUUUAAGGUAGAAGUGGCCUUUCCAUCCUAAGCAUUUUGUUAGCCAAGGAUUGAAUGCAAAGAAUUGUUAUUCAUUUUUAGAAAAUUUUGAUCUUUUCAAGUCUGAAUUUUUAUUUUUAAAAAUCUUCAAUGGUUUUUGAUUAGAAAAUAAGUCCUUUUAACAUAUUAUUUAAUAUUACAUUAAUUUUGGUGGUAAGUAAAAUAUGGAAAUAAGACUUGUCAUUAGGCAGGCAUGUAUAUGACAUCAGCUAUGAUAUUUACAUAUUAUAUAUGAUGUGACAUUUUAUGAUAUUAAGCAUAUUAUUAAAUAUAUAUUCAAAUAUCCACAUUAGCUGUGUUUUGUUAUUAAUAUAAAACAAAUUUAUGAUACACAGAUUGCAACAUAAUUAGAAAUGCAAAAAAUAAUAAAUUGCUUUUGAGCUAUCACCAUAACUGCUAUUUAUUUGGUGUCGUGUUUUACAAACUCUGUGUCAAAUGUGCAGUUAUUAUAAUUUUGAGAGAAGAGAACAUAUUUUAUAUAUUAAAUCCUGCCAGAGAUAUGAAUGUACUUCCUGUCAAGUAGUGCAACUUAUUGUUAUACCCAUAUUAUUCAAAUAUUAAAGUUAACCAGAAUGGGUAUGUACUCAUAAUACAUAUAUAAUUUUUCUUUCAUUCAUAUGGGACAAAGACUAAAUUUUGAAAAUUCAAAAGUACAGUAAGCCGCUACGAUACAGUAUGUCAUUCCAUAUAACUAGUACUGCUUAAGCAGUAUGGAUUAGAUCAUUAAAUAUGUUUAUAUUGUUAUCAGGAUUCAAUCUUCAUGAAAGCUUGAAACAUUUGUCAACUACAUAUAUAUGAAUUAGGUCAGUGAUUUCAUGAUUGUGUUGUCUUGUAUUUUUUCCUUAUUGACAUUUUAAAAAAGCUUUCUAUCCAA